GCAAAAGGUGGCGAUAGAGAGGGAGAGACGCCGGACGCGCCGUCGUCAUCGUUGCACCUUGAGUUGUCUUUGUCGUAGCUAGAGUUCAAGCUACCAUCGUAGUUCUCCAUUCUUGUCGCAAAAUCAGAUCGGAACUCUUGGAAACUAAGAAAAGGAGAACUUAGGGUUUUUCACACAUUACCUGAUCUGUGUGCUUGUUGUUGACCUAACACAUGGCAUCCAAAACUAUGGCGGAGAAGGAGAACUCAUCAUCAGAAAAACCGUCUCUGAUUCCAUCACUACCAGAAGACCUCAUCAUUGACAUCUUAGCGCGUGUGUCCAGAUUGGAGUAUCCAACACUCUCCCUCGUUUCCAAGCAGUUCCAGUCACUCGUUGCGUCGCCUGAGCUAUACGCAAGACGUUCUUUGUUGGGAUGCACCGAGCACUGCCUCUACAUUGUUCUCUAUGAGGGAGAAAACCAUCUUUUCCGUUGGUAUAUUAUCCGCCCGAAAGCCAACGGUAAUCGCAGCUUGGUCCGUAUCCCUUCUGCUUCCCCCUCUGACACCCGACGAAAGCUUUGUCGUGGUGGGCUCGAAGAAGAUAUACGUGUUUGCAUGCCUGUGGCCAUGUCUUAUACAAGGGCUGCUCUCAUUGAAGAUAAAAUUUACGUAAUGGGCCGCUUGGGUGACUUUCAGAAUCUCAUAGUGUUAUUCAAUACAAAAACACACAUGUGGGAGCCUGAGAUUUUAAAGCCAGACAUUGAGCUGCAUGGUGAGCGCAAGAGCUUGGAUAGUUGUUUGGUGGGUGGGUGGUUGGUGUUGGCUGAUAAGUUUUAUAUGAGGCAUGAUAUUGAAACCCUUGUUUACGACCCAAAGGAAAAUAUAUGGAGACCGGAUGAUAUGCUGCGUUACGUAAAGAUGCCUACCGCAUGUGUUGAUGACAUGUUAUACUACUACUCUGUUUACGAUUUUACUAAAAAAAUAAAAACGUAUGAUCCAAAGCGGAGGUGUUGGGAAGUGGUGAAAGGUUUGAGAAAGCUGUUUUCUAAGAUGAAAAAUUUGCAGUGUAUUCACGCUGCGAAUUACGGUGGGAAGCUGGCUUUGUUUUAUACUAGUAAAGAAGAUUAUCGUAGAGGAAGAGGUGUGAAAUCCAAGAGGGAGAUUUGGUGUGCGGAUAUUUCGCUAGAAAGACGUCAAGGAGGAGAGAUUUGGGGUAAAGUUGAGUGGUGUGGUCAGGUCCUGGUUGCUGAUCUCUGGGUGAAGAAUUGUCUAAAUGUUAUGGUUUGAUGCACUAACUCUUCUUCAUAUAUGCAUGAACACCAAGCAUAUAGAAAUCCCAUUUAGACUCUGCUUUUCUUUUCUAGUUUUUUUUUUUUAUGUAAACUUAAGUUUAGAACAAUAUUCUCUGCCAAGCCCUUACUUUACAAUAUCUUAGAUAUCCAAUAAAUGUGAGAAACAACUAAUCA